GCUGCCUCGCGUAUAUCAAUCGGCCAGCAGAUACUGCGUGGCCAGUCCGAACCCUGCCCGCCCCUCAGCAGCUUGCCACGACAAGUAUCUUCACAGGCUCGUUCCUAACUGCUUGUACAGCGCAGGCUAGCUGGUCUGGCUCGUCGGCGGCGCCGACAGAUAUAGUCACACGUUCUUUCCGUCUUCCGGCCGCUCUUCCCUUCGAUUCGAGGCGGCCAUUGUUCGUAUUACACAGAAAUGGGAGUAUGGUCAUGGGCUAAGUCUGAAGUGAAACAUCUGCGCCUACGCAUCUUUCUCAGUCGCUUCAUCGCAUGCUACUUCUUCCUCGCACUCGCACAUUUCGUGGGCCAGCUCAUCCUUGUGUCGAUCACACUAGCCGAUGAUACCGUCGUCGUCAACACGGUCUCGGGGAUUCUCGACGAUCACGGCAUUAGGCCUGGUCUGCCAUUGAUUGAGGGUGGCACGUUGAGGGAUUGUGAUGGUGCCGCACACCUCGAUGGCACAUCCUGUACAGUGCUGGCUCAGCCACCAGAUGGCCGCAAUGGGCCCGAUGCCUUGUUUGUUGCAGACUAUUGGAACUCGGUUCUCGUUUUGUACAACCAGACAGAUGACGCUUCAGAUGUGACUUUUGAUGACUCGCUGCAGGUGACAGACCAGUGCGCCAUGUCGAUGGGAUGGAUUCUGGAUGUCUUCCACGACGCAAAGCGCGAGGAGCUGGCUACACUGUUCUUCCAAUUGUGGCUCCUUGUAAUGUCUAUGAUGGCUGUCUUGGCCGACUCUACCCCGCAUCUGAUCGCUGCAUUGUCCGGCCAUUUUAUGAACACGGCCUGGGCUUCCUUCAACGUAUACACUGGCGUGAAAAUGAAGCACGAGUAUCAACGGUUCAUUGUCGCGGGUGCUUGUAAUGGGGUCGAUGUGCUUGGAGGCUGGUGGGACGAACGUUUGAGACACUCCGCGCCGAUUCUCGUGUUGAACAUGGUCGCCACCCUCGCAAUGGUAUAUCUCACGUGGAAACUGUCAACAAUUUACCAUCGACAAUCUUUCCGUAGUGUCGGGGCACCAUCCAAUAUCAUCCGCAUCCACCGGGUGUAUCUCGGAUUUGUCAUGACGCUGCAACUGGCCUCAUUCUUCACGAUUGCAGCCACGGCAUUGUGGAUUUCCAAGCUCACUGAAGACGCAGUUCGCAGGGCCGCCGAGAAUUAUUCACUCUAUCUCGCGGGCUUCAUUGUUACUGUCUUGCUUAACAUAGUUUGGGUUACUUCCGGGUGGCUUUGCAUUCGGAGAGAAAACCGCGCCCUGUUCUGGCCUUUCCUCCUAGUCGGACUCGUCGUGAUCACCAUAUGGACCAUCAUGUUCUUCAGCCCUCUCUACCGAUUUGUCUUCCUCACGUGGCCGUUCUUCGCGAACAUGACCAUCGUUUCGUAUGUGUUCCUUGUGGCUACCUCUGUCCUCGGAAUAGCUUGCCGCUUUAACUUCGGUCAAGGCUUGGCGCACUAUCUCAUGGUUCUGAAAUCGCUUGCCAACGACGACUUCACUCCCGCAUCGUUCGCCAAUGACCCUGAAAAGGUUGAAUGGCCGGUGAAAUUUGUGGACAUCCCGCGCUUCUCUGUGAUGACAGGCGAAGGAUACACUGUGACUCCUAUUGGGCCAGGGGCAACGGCGCAGCACCUUGUUAGCCUGCCAAAGGCGGAUCAUCGCAGAGAAAGCAGCGUUGUCUUGGACAUUUGCGACGACAAACGAGACAGUAUUUAGGGCGUUGGCUGGUCAUCUGGUUGGUUCAGACGGCAGCCACACAUGACUCGUGGGCUGGACCCCGUCGGGUGGGGCCUGUAUCCUUCAUCGCUCUUUGCCCAUAUGUAUUUUACCACUUACUGCUGCUCAGACUCAUUUCAGGCAUCUUUCUCUGC